GGACAAAUUUUCCAUCAAAAAUCACUUUCUCACAGUUGUUUUUGACACGCCGGCACCGAAAGUAGUUACACUCCUAGUCUAUUCCCUGGACGGAUACCGAGCCACAUUGCUCCGGAGAUUAUUGUAUCUCUAUUUGUAGUCAAUCGAUCACAGCCGAUAUAUCCUCAGGAAUUCCGACGUUGAGUAUCGAAGCACCGAGGACUAUCUAAAAUUAUUUUCUUUUCGUUUUCCUCCCUAGAGUGGUUGUGAGUGAAACGUGGAAAAACGGGGUUUGGCCUUCUUGUUAGGGUGCACUGUGUGUCGAAGAGUCAAAGCUCAAACCCAUCUCGUCCUUCUCGUGUUGUCCUGUUGUGUGAACGCUAAGUGUCCCAUAAUACAGUGUUGUUUCGGGGAAUGUUAUCAAUCUUGUCCAUAGUAGCGAAUAGCAAGGCGUGAAGAAAAGGCUAAGUUAGUGCGGAAACAAAAUAUAAAUAUUUUCUUUGUCCAAGUAAAUCGCCAGUCCAGUAGUUGUACCUCCAAGCGGGUAUUAGAGUAGCGGGUUUAUCAGUCGUGAACGCGUUCGUGCUCAGUCGAGAAAGGUUAACGCAGCAAAAAGCCUCAGUGAAACCGUAAACCGAACCGAACGACGGUCAAGUGGAGUACAUUCAUUCACUCUUGCACGGAAAGGAAGAAACGCUCUACAUCUUGGGUGUAAAACAACUUUUCCCAGAAGAAUUUGUGAAGUGUUCAGAACAGUCAAGCAUAGUUGAUUGUUUAUAUCGAUCACACUCGGUGGAAGAUUUGAUACAGUGAUACAUUGUCGCAGCAUCCCUUGCUUAAGAACACAGCUAACUCUACGAGAUGGAUUUGGUCAAGCCAUUCAUGGAUCUACACGUGGAUAGAGUCAGCAAGGAAAUCCGCGAACAAUGUCAGGAACUGAUACUGUCAGACAAACAGAUCGAGGAGAUCAUGCGGCGGUUGCUGAAGGAAAUCAACCGAGGUCUAGGAAAAGCCACACAGCCCGAAGCAGACAUCAAAUGUUUCAUCACCUACGUACAAGAUCUGCCAAAUGGAAAAGAAAAGGGAAAAUUCCUAGCGCUCGAUCUGGGCGGUACCAACUUCCGGGUGCUGUUGAUUCACCUCAAGGAUGAAAACGACUUCGAGAUGUUGUCGAAAAUCUACGCCAUUCCACAGAGUAUUAUGCUUGGCAGUGGGACGCAACUGUUUGACCACAUUGCGGAAUGUUUAGCUAAUUUUAUGAAGGAACAUUCUGUCUACGAAGAAAAACUACCUCUAGGCUUCACAUUCUCAUUCCCGCUAACACAGCUCGGGCUGACCAAAGGUAUUCUGGCACGGUGGACCAAAGGUUUCAACUGUUCCGGCGUUGUCGGAGAAGACGUUGUCCAGCUAUUAAAAGAUGCCAUCGCCAGAAGAGGGCUAGAUGUCCAAAUCGAAAUCUGUGCCAUUCUCAACGAUACCACCGGCACGCUGAUGUCCUGUGCUUGGAAGAAUCACAACUGUAGAAUCGGAUUGAUCGUCGGCACCGGUAGCAAUGCAUGCUAUGUGGAAAAGGUCGAAAACUGCGAGAUGUUCGACGGACCGAAAGAUCCGAAGAAGGAACACGUCCUCAUCAACACCGAGUGGGGUGCGUUCGGCGAUAACGGAGCGCUCGACUUUGUGCGGACAGAGUACGACCGGGAGAUUGAUCACUUCAGUAUAAACCCGGGAAGGCAGAUACAAGAAAAGAUGAUCUCCGGUAUGUAUAUGGGCGAGCUGGCUCGCCUGGCCAUCGUCAAGUUCACACGGGCCGGCCUCCUGUUCGGAGGUGUCGGUUCCGACAUUCUGUUCAAACGUGGGCAGUUCUUCACCAAGUACGUGUCAGAAAUUGAAUCGGACAAACCGGGUACCUACAUGUACUGCCGUGACGUGCUGGACGAGUUGGGUUUGGAGCACGCAACCGACGAGGACUGUGCGAACGUGCGUUAUAUUUGCGAGUGUGUAUCGAGUCGAGCUGCCCAUCUUGUGUCCGCCGGUAUCGCUGCCCUCAUCAACAAGAUGGACGAAAAGAGUGUCACCGUCGGCGUUGACGGUUCGGUGUAUCGUUUCCACCCGAAAUUCCACGAUCUGAUGAAGGCCAAAAUCAGACAGUUUGUGAAGCCGGACAUCAGCUUCGACCUCAUGCUGUCGGAGGAUGGUUCUGGGCGUGGUGCGGCACUGGUGGCCGCCGUGGCGUGUAGAGAAGCCCACUAAAGCAGUACUGCAGUUUCUUAAUGCCCCUCCCCUCAUCAAAACCUAUACAACUACUGAACUAGUGAUCUAGAGAAUAAUUAUUAGAGCAAAGCCCACACCCACACACUGAGAAAAAAGAGAUAUAUAAGCAGGUAAAGCAUGCAGCAAAAAGUUUAAAGCAAGAAUCCUAAUAUAAAAAAGAAACUAUCCAUAAUAGACAAACUAUUAUUUUAAACUGUAAGAAAUAGGCUGGAAUAUGAAACCGAUUCAAAAGUUUAGGAAAUUGCAGGAACGAUUAGUGGAAGGUAAAUCGAGGAUAUUGUUAAUUAUUUAUUACAAAACGAAAGUAAACUGAAAUUGCAAAAAGAGUGAAAAACAUAAUAAUACCCUGACAACUGAGUUUAGCUGUACAUUAAUUAGUUUUAAUUAUUUUUUUUAUAAAUUAAUAAACAAUUAUACCUUUCAAAGGCAAAAUUCGUUUGGCACGGCGUAUGAACUGAGAAAAACCACAUGAAAUGUGAUUUCUUUCUAUCCUUACUUUGAUUCAGUUAACACUGAAAACAAAUUCGAUCGGAAUUGGGUUUCGAAAUAGUUGAUGCUUUCAUCAAUUGUACAUAGAAUAGUCUUGCUAUACAAAGCUUUCAAAAUUAAGAGAACACGACUCUCCUAAGACGUGUGCAGUUUUUGUCAGGGUUAGGCGUCAAGGACUUCAAACGAUAGCAAGCUGUGUUUCUAUUCAGAUUAGAUAUGAUUUUAAAUCUGAUACACUGCGCGAAUACCAAUUAGACCCUGUUUAUUGGAUAGUUCAAAUUAAUCCUCUGGAAUCAAACAAGCAUAAACAGUAUCGUUUUUGUCUAUAUGUUCAGUUUAUGGAACGUUUCCCCCGGCUUGAUGAAUGAUGCCCGAUUCGAGGGAAAUUUAUGUUUAGUUACUACACUGUUUUUUUUACUGAAGGUGUCAAUCAUAAGCAAGUCAUACAGAUAAACAAAAAGCUGAAAUUAUGCUUGUGAACGAUCUUCACUGAAAGGUUAAAUUUAAAAGCAAAACAAAAUGUAAUGAUUAAAUUAUAUGAAACAACAAUAAACAAAGUAAGAGAACGAAACAAUAGCAAAGUGUACAUUAUAAAAUUAAAAGAAAAAAAGAAGAGAUCAUAACAAAAGCUAAUUGUAAUUUACAUUAGAGAAGAAAUAAUUAUAAUACUGUUGACAGUGAAAAAAUGAGAAUAAAGAAAUGCUAUUGAUAUAGUAGAAUACAUCUUAAAA